AGCAGGAGCAGGAGCGCCAAGGCCCCCGCAAGCGCUGACAACGUCGUCCAGAACGACGCAAGGCCAGCUCUCUUUUGUCCUCUUCCCGUGAAACUGGGUCUGAGGAACAUGCCGGAGGUUCUGCUCAGUCACCAUCAGCAAAAACGGUGGAAGAACUGGCUGCUUCAUUCUCAGAGCAACUGCUUGAUGGUGCAGAAACGCAGAAACCAAUGCAUGAUGAGAUCGAGAAACGAGCAAAUUACAACACAAUCUUUAGUCCCAAGCAAGCUGGGUUAGGCAGACCACACAGCGAGAUGUUGGCGCACGAGGAAAAAGGAAUGGUUAAAUACCGUCGCUGCUGGGAAAACGCUUGUGGCUCGUCUGGUUCCUUCCAAAACUACACGUUUCUGACUCCCACACUUUAUACAUAUGGAGCCAUCCCAGCACAUGCAAGCCUCUGCGAUUGCUUGCAGAUCUUCUCCAUCGAAGUCAUGGAGAACGGAGUGUGGAGAAUCAGGUGGCCAGUGGAGGUAUAUGGCUUUAUUGCCGCUCGAGACACCGUCGAUCAAAAUCGCAACCUUCUGUUCAACCGCACAAGGGAUGACCCCCAAAUGCUCACUCAACAGGAUCCAUUUUUGCAGUUGACUGGCCCGUGUCGCCCAAUUUUGUUGAUCGACCCUGUCGACUUUGAAAUUCAACUAAAAGUGAAGGGCACAACAGAGUCUGAAGAUGAAACAUUCAUGGCUCAACGGUUCGAAUAUGGGCAUGGUUUUGGACAGUCUGGUCAUCUUGCCCGUCGUUGUUGGGAGGGUAAGUUUUGCACACUAAAGAUCACCUCUGCACUACUUGGUUGCGCGGUUGCAGCAACUAUCAUCUCAGCUGACGUUAUUGAAGGGUCAUGGCCUGAUGAUUGUGGAGGUCGUGUGGUUUCCUGCACUGCUGGCAUAGAUGCGGAUUUUGUUCUGCUUGAUUCUGGAGAUGGACCAAUGCAUGUUGAUCCAGAUGGUCAUAUUUCCCUUCGAAGGGGUGUUGUUUGUGUGGAACAUGACGAAAUACUCACGGUUUCUGUGGAAGCCUAUUCGAAGGACGGCGUCUCUGCAGCAGCUCGUGUUGAAUUCAGGCCCAAAGAUUCCCUCACAAGUAUCGGUACUUGCAACCUUGGCUUCUGCACGGUGAUGUUCAUUGUUGGUUGGUCCCUCACGGCAACAAAGUUUGAUCUGAAGUAUGAUGGCUGCUGAAUAGCUAGAUUGACUGUCUAUAUGUUUGGCGAUUCCAGUACUGUGUUGAAGAUGUCAAGACUGUAUGUAUAUCAAUUAGCAAGUCAUGUUAGGUUAAAGUGUCCAAACUGUUUAGGAUUCAUUUUAAAUCAAGCGUCCAGUCGUCCAGACUCUCUGUAAGUCAUGUUUCGUGAAGUGCCCAAACUACUACUAUGUUUCUAUCGGGUGUUAAGUUGA